ACCGGAAAAAGGAAGUGUGCUACACCACCUAUAGGACCCACUCCUGGCUGCCGCGGGGACGGCGGCGAGUCCUUCGAGUUUGGGUCGUUCCCCGCGGGUCUGAGCCUUUGAGUCACGGGUGACAGGUGGACGCGACCGCAGGCUUCUGACCCGUUUGUUCCGGCGGCGAACUGGACAGGCCGACUUUGGCCGCUGCCCUUUCUCAGCUCCUGCUGACCUUGACCCAGGGUUGCAGCCGAUGGCGGCUUGGGCUGUUGUCAGCCAGAGCAGGACCGCUGCACCAUACUUGCGGGUAGUAGGCCCUGGAGUCUGGGCAGCUCUUCCGUCCGUCUCCCCAGGCACCCAGCCUGACUCCCCGGCCUGUAGCCCUGCUCUGGCCCGGACGCUGCACCUCACCACGGCGGUCCCCGCCGGGCACAACAAGUGGUCCAAAGUCCGACACAUCAAGGGUCCCAAGGACACUGAGAGGAGCCGCAUCUUCUCCAAGCUUUGUUUGAGCAUACGCCUAGCGGUUAGAGAAGGAGGCCCCAACCCUGAGCUCAACAGCCAACUGGCCCACAUCUUAGAGGUGUGUCGGCAAAAGCACAUGCCCAAGUCAACCAUUGAGGCGUCGCUGAAAAUGGAGAAAACCAAGGGCAUUUAUUUGUUGUAUGAGGGUCGAGGCCCCGGUGGCUCUUCUCUGCUCAUUGAGGCAUUAUCCAACAGUGGCCCCAAGUGCCAUUCGGACAUCAAACAUAUUCUGAACAAAAAUGGAGGAAUGAUGGCUGAAGGAGCUCGCCACUCCUUUGACAGAAAAGGGGUGAUCGUGGUUGGAGUAGAGGACAGAGAGAAGAAAGAAGUGAACUUAGAGCGUGCCCUGGAGCUGGCAAUUGAAGCAGGAGCUGAGGAUGUCAAGGAAACUGAAGACGAAGAGGAAAAAAGCAUUUUUAAAUUUAUUUGUGAUGCCUCUUCACUGCAUCAAGUGAGGAAGAAGCUGGACUCCCUGGGCUUGUGUCCUGUGUCCUGUACACUAGAGUUCAUCCCCAACACAAUGGUGCAGCUGCAUGACCCCGACCUGGAACAGGCGGCCCAUCUCAUCCAGGCUCUCGGUAACCAUGAGGACGUGAUCCAGGUCUAUGACAACAUUGAGUAACCAGACUGUACGUGCCCUCUGGCUCCUUCCUAGGCAACUGGCAGCUUGUUCCAGAGCACAGGCUUCUGCAGUGUCUGCUAAGACUGAAGCAGGUCAGGGGCCUAGCAGGUUCAGAUGCAUAAGACCUGCAGCUUUGUGGACACAGGAAUACCCAUACUUCUCUGGGGCCUCUUUGUCAGCUCUGUGGGUGUGUCAGAGCCCUCCUGGAUGAGUCCCCUGACUCCCUCCUGGAUGCAGAAUGGGGCUAGUCAGCUGGCCAGACCGAUCUCAGGAAGUUGGUCCUUUCUGGGGAUGGUAGGUUCCAGUGAGGGCCCAUGUACUAGAAACUCUUAAGUAGUAACAGUGGGUUGCUACAUUGUUGUAUGGCUUUUGAGUUUUCCUGCAUUUGUGUCAAGCUGUUGUGACCUUCUUGGCUUCCUUUCAAGAAUAUAGGCCUAGUUCCACUAGUCUAAUGCCAGGACUGUUUUUUUGAUUGACUAUAGAAAUGUAGCUCUCUCCAAGUACUCUGUGCUUUAAUGCUGGUCUAAUGGCCUAAACCUGCCAUUGAUUCAUGCAACAGAUAUUUAUCAAACACCAGGAAUUGUACCAGGAACUACUUAUGAAGAGCACUAGCUGUUCAAGUGGUGCCCUGUGUUAAAUCCUACUCUAAGGCACAGGACCUCAGGUGGAAGACACAGGACUGUUCUCUUCUGGAGCUGUCCCAGGGCAGUGCAAGCUGCUGUGCACACAUCCUUGUUCUCUUUGUGUGGCCUCUGUGCCCUUCUGCUGCCAGUGAGCUUAAGGCUCUGGCCCAACAGGAAAUCAAGUGCCAAUGAUAAGAGACUCCCAGGCUCUGCUUUGCCUGGGUUCCUGUGUUUUUUGAGAUUUGUCAGAGUGGACCAGUCAGCAGAUCAGACUACUCUGAGAAAAGGCCAUAUCAAGCUGGUGUUGAAAGCUGCUUGGUUUCCAGAAUGCCCAGCCCUAGCUCCUCUUCAUCCCUGAUUCCAGAUGAUGGGGUACUAGGAACUGGAGAGGAAAUGAGAACAGAAGAGUGAAAGCUGGCCAGGUGGUAAAUAGGGCCUUUGGUGCCUUUUGCUUUUAAGAAUCACUUCUGGGUUUAGAGAGACCAGGAGUGCCAACCACCUGUGCUGGAGUCCAUCAAGCAUAUCAGGCCUGGAGUGGCUUUUUGAUCUCUGCUAUUCAGCUACUUCUAAGUUAUUUAAGCCAUUUCUGAGUUGAGAGUAAUUUUCCUGAAGAAGCCUCAUGUAAAUAAGGAUGGAAAAGAACUAAAGCCAGAUUAGUUAUAAAUGAUAACUUCAGUUUCUAGGAAACACAUUACUAAUUACAUGAUAACUUAAAACAACUGGAGAGGAAGGCUAGGGGGAGAAAAACCAGUGAAAUAAUCCAUGAGUAUUCCAAAGUAUAUGCUCUUACAUAUACCUCAUUUCAUAAUCAUGAUAUUAACUAAGAUUCUUUAGUUUUUAUAGGAGAUAACUCACCCAAAUAUCUAAAUAGCAAUCAUUAAAAUAGGGCAAUUUAAAGUUUGAAUGCACUUCAUAAUUUAUAAGAUACUUUCAUAUUUUAUUUAUUUGAUUUUCACAACAAACCUAGGAAAUAGUUAGAUCGUGUUAUGCACAAAUGACCUCACACCAAGCAGGUAAGAAUAGGUCUAAUAGUACAUCUUGUAUUGAUAGACAUUGUUUUUCAAAAUAACUGUUUUGUAAAUGUUGAAUAUAAAUUAA